AGGGAGCGGGCAGGUCUGUAAUGGCACACUUCAUAACAUAUGAAAUGGGUUACAUCUGAAGAUUCUUUUGAUGCUGAUCUUCGUGUCGGGGUUGGGAGGAACUCUCCAGCACGGAUUGAAUAUGUCUCUCGUUAAUGCACCAUCAGCCUACAUCAAGUGUUUUAUCAAUGAGACUUGGAGGGAGCGAUACGAGACAGUGAUUGGAGAGAAUAAGGUGAAAAUGAUCUGGUCAGUCAUUGUAUCUAUUUAUUCGAUCGGCGGAUUGAUAGGAGCUCUGAUCGCUGGACACCUCUCAGUAAAAUAUGGAAGGAAGAACUCGCUGAUAUUCAGCAACUUUUUGACCCUCGUGGCUGCUGUGUUUGUGGGGUUCAGUAGGAUGGCCAAAUCGUUCGAGAUGAUCUUGAUGGCAAGGUUCCUGUACGGAAUACAAGGAGGGAUUGGCCUACACGUCCACAGCAUCUACAUAAUGGAAUGUUCACCAAAGAAACUUCGAGGGGUUGUGACUCUGAGUAUCGCAAUAUCCAUUUCCAUUGGUAAAUGCACCGGACAGAUAAUGGGACUCAAAGAAAUAUUAGGCAGCGAAAGUACCUGGCCUUUACUGUUGGCCUUCAAUGCCAUACCUGCCUUUAUGCAGCUUGUUAUCCUGCCCUGGUUUCCAGAAAGCCCUCGCUACCUCAUGAUUGACAAAGGAAACAGAACCUCAUCCAUCAACGCCCUGCAGAGACUGUGGGGAAAGCGUGAUUUUAGCCAGGAGGUUGAGGACAUGCAGGCAGAACGAGAUGCAAUAAACAAUGGGAAGGCGAGGAGUGUUUUCGAGCUGUGCAAAGACCGAUCUGUACGUUGCCAGCUUAUCAUCAACCUGAUGAUUUCGUUGUUUCUGCAGCUAAGUGGCAUCAACGCCAUCUAUUUUUAUGCCUUUGAUAUUUUCUACGCAGUAGGAAUACCCAAAGGAAUAAUACCAUAUGUGUCUAUUGGAACUGGACUGACUGAAAUGUUCACCCUCAUACUAUGUGCUUGUCUUAUCGAACGAGCUGGGAGAAAGGUUCUGCUAUGGGGAGGAUUUGCUUUCAUGACUAUUUGGACGGGGCUGUUGACAAUCAGUCUAUCUCUGCAGAGUUUCCUCCACUGGGUGCCUUAUUGUAGCUUAUUCAUCAUCUUUGCUUACAUCUUCAGCUAUGCAAUUGGCCCAGGUGGAGUAACUAUCAUAUUACCCACCGAAAUAUUCCUCCAAUCAGACAGACCAGCGGGUUUUGUGAUCAAUGGCAUACUCAACUGGUUCGGACUCUUCAUUAUUGGAAUGUUUUUCUCAUUCAUCGUUGAGAACCUGGGCUACCUGUGCUUCCUGAUAUUCUGUGGGAUCUGUUUGCUGCUCACCGUCUUCUCGUACUUUGUUGUUCUGGAGACGAUGGGGAAAACUCCGCUGGAGAUCGCGGAGGAAUUCAAAAGGCGAAACCUGUGGGAAAAGGUGCCGUUUGGCUUGUCAGCUAACAGGACCCUGCCACAGAACUCGGUGGAGAUCAUUAUGUCAACCGCCUUCUAGGCCGCAGAGAGAAUCCCGCUGACGCGAGGCUGGAAUGGAAUUGCCACCAUGUCUUCGCGCUGCAGACUGCACUCUCUCGGUGAUCGGGCAGCGCAGGGGCAGCUCUCUCUGCCGCUUCUUGUGUCACAUUGUAAUCCGCGUCACCCCAAUGCUGCAGCCGGUGAAUUAAAGGCAGCGUUGAGAGCAGAUAUGUUGGCCCUCACAGGUGGUUCUCACUGACGCAGGUGAUAGAACCACCUCCUUUCCCAGUGUCCUCUCCUUUCCCCGUGUCCUCUCCUUUCCCCGUGUCCUCUCCUUUCCCUUCCCACCUUUCUGCUAUCUCUUCCACCCUCUCUUUCCCUC